UUGGAAGACAAAGGUAAAGUGACUUGGGUCUCAUCUCUCACCCAUGAUACCACUGUGUUGCAUGGAGGUGAUCCACAACCAAUCACUAGCAGUACUCCACAGUUCAACCUUAGUGACAUUCGACAAGCUCAGCUUAAAGAUAAUGUUAUUGGAAAAGUUUAUUCGUUUGUCAACAGAAAACAGCGACCAACUUCCUCCCAGAGAGCAGAAGAAUCACCCGAUACUAAACUCCUACUUCACGACUGGCCAAAGCUGUUUAUUGAAAAAGACGGCGUUCUACGAAGACAGAAUAACUCACACGAUCAGAUUGUGCUUCCUAGACCAUACCAUCGAACAGUUCUACGUGAACUUCACGACAACAUGGCUUAUCUUGGAUCUGAGCGCGUCCUACCCUUGGCUCGAGAUCGGUUCUACUGGCCUAGGAUGCAGAGUGAUGUGGAACACUACGUACGGAAUAUCUGUCGCUGUGUUAAGCAAAGACCACCAAGACUGAAGACGAGAGCACCACUACAACCUGUUAUCACUACCACCCCCUUCGAGUUGGUUUCGAUCGAUUUCGUCCACCUUGAAAAGUCCAGUGGAGGGUACGAGUAUAUCCUUGUGAUUGUUGAUCACUUCACCAGGUAUGCACUAGCCUACCCGACCCGAAACAAAGCGGCAAAGACUGUGGCUGAAAACUGUACAACGACUACAUCCUUCGCUUUGGGUUCCCAGCCAAAAUCCAUCAUGAUCAAGGUGGAGAAUUCGAGAACAAACUGCUCAAAACCCUGGAAGAAUUUUGCGGCAUUGGUCAUUGUCGUACCACACCUUAUCACCCUCAAGGAAGCGGACAGGUAG